AGAUUUUUGAAAAAUACAAUGUCUAAUGGUUAUGAAGACCACAUGGCCGAAGACUGCAGGGGUGACAUCGGGAGAACGAAUUUGAUCGUCAACUACCUCCCUCAGAACAUGACCCAGGAUGAGUUGCGCAGCCUGUUCAGCAGCAUUGGCGAAGUGGAAUCUGCAAAACUCAUUCGGGAUAAAGUAGCAGGACACAGCUUGGGCUAUGGCUUUGUGAACUACGUGACUGCAAAGGAUGCAGAGAGAGCAAUCAACACGCUGAACGGCUUGAGGCUCCAGUCAAAAACCAUUAAGGUGUCGUAUGCUCGCCCGAGCUCAGAGGUCAUCAAAGAUGCCAACUUGUACAUCAGCGGGCUCCCUCGGACCAUGACCCAGAAGGACGUAGAGGACAUGUUCUCUCGGUUUGGGCGGAUCAUCAACUCACGAGUCCUCGUGGAUCAGACCACAGGUUUGUCCAGAGGGGUUGCGUUUAUCCGGUUUGACAAACGGUCGGAGGCAGAAGAGGCAAUUACCAGUUUCAAUGGUCAUAAACCCCCAGGUUCCUCUGAGCCCAUCACAGUGAAGUUUGCAGCCAACCCCAACCAGAACAAAAACGUGGCACUCCUCUCGCAGCUGUACCACUCGCCAGCGCGACGGUUUGGAGGCCCCGUUCACCACCAGGCGCAGAGAUUCAGGUGGACCAACCUGGGCAAUAUUGUUUCUGGGUUGAAGACAAGGUUCUCCCCCAUGGGCGUCGAUCACAUGAGCGGGCUCUCUGGCGUCAACGUGCCCGGAAACGCCUCCUCCGGCUGGUGCAUUUUCAUCUACAACCUGGGGCAGGACGCCGACGAGGGGAUCCUCUGGCAGAUGUUUGGGCCCUUUGGCGCCGUCACCAAUGUGAAAGUGAUCCGCGACUUCAACACCAACAAGUGCAAAGGGUUUGGCUUUGUGACCAUGACAAACUAUGAAGAAGCCGCGAUGGCCAUAGCCAGCCUGAACGGCUACCGCCUGGGGGACAAGAUCUUACAGGUUUCCUUCAAAACCAACAAGUCCCACAAAUAACUCGCUCAUGCUUUUUUUUUGUACGGAAUAGAUAAUUAAGAGUGAAGGAGUUGAAACUUUUCUUGUUAGUGUACAACUCAUUUUGCGCCAAUUUUCACAAGUGUUUGUCUUUGUCUGAAUGAGAAGUGAGAAGGUUUUUAUACUCUGGGAUGCAACCGACAUGUUCAAAUGUUUGAAAUCCCACAAUGUUAGACCAAUCUUAAGUUUCGUAAGUUAUUUCCUUUAAGAUAUAUAUUAAACAGAAAUCUAAGUAGAACUGCAUUGACUAACCAGUCCCUCUGGAUGGUGGUGAACCUGAAGCAUGCUUUAACCUCUAAGACUGUCUAACACGCGUUUCAUUCAAUGUCUCCACAGACUGGGUAGCAAAAAAAAUCACCUUUUAGUUUUAGUUUUUAAUCUAAAGAUGUUAGACAGAUGCUGAGUGUGCGUUUUCUCAACCGCUUCAACAUUGUAAGCGAUGUAUGCUUUGGUUGACAGGAAGUUCCUUUUCCAGGCAGGUCCCAUUGCCACCUCCUGCUCACUCAGUCCCGGGCUCUGCCAAGUGGUCCUGGGAAUGGCGGUGGGCCCGUCCAGCGUGGGCCACCACUGGGGCCGGGGGCCGCAUGCCGGGCGGGCCCUCCAGAGAAGGACACAAACGUGUUUCGUAAGCCCAGGCACCAAUGGGAAUGGACCAAAGAGUUUCAGGGAAACUCCAGUAUAUUCCAGAGUUAGAUCUAAGCUCCAGGCACGCCUGAAGAUGUGUUGCUACUCUGACGCCCCGAGUUUCUGUCCACACAUUGCAUGCACAGCGCCCCACACAUUGGAUACUGUUGUUCCACGAUAAUUUCUCCCGUUUUCCAGAGCAUUUAACAUAGCUUGGAGGCGUAAGAUGGCUCUGUUUUUUAAUAACACAGAAACAUUUGAGCAUUGUAUUUCUCGCAUCCCUUCUCGUGAGCGCUUAGACCUUUUUCUAUUUUAGUCGCAUUUUGUUUUGGAAUUUUGCUUUUGUAUGAACACUCAGCAGAAAAGUACUUACUUCUUGCCAGUUAUCUAUUAACCAAAACCUUUGAUUUGUAGUUUUAAAGAUUAACCCUCAAAGUUCUCUUCAUAACUGCCUUGACAUUUUGGGUUGUUCUGUUCUGUUAAUUUUCUUUUGCUUUUUUGUGUUUUUUGUUUGUUUUUACUUUUGCAUUUAAGACCAUUAAAUUUGAUUUUGUUUUGCUCGAA